GGUUAAAAGACUUGGACUUCAAUGUGCAGAAGACGACUCCAGAAGACCUUCGCAAUUGGGAUCCGAAACUCAGCCAAACAACAAUCUUUUUGCUGAGGUAAACCCGUAAAUCCCUUCUGAAUCCGAGGGUUUCUCCGGUGAUUCAAAUCAGAUGCUUGCCGUCCGGUCCACCGCCAUGAAACUAUGAAAUGGAGGCAUGACAGUGGAAGCGUACUUCGAACGCUGGCUGUUGAAGGAGAGUUAGCCGCUCGGCUACCGUCUUUUCUCCGGCGAGCGGCGGAUGGUAAGUCGUGAGGUAGAAGAAGGGGGGUUUCGAGAGAUCUUCUGCGUCGCAGAAGAGGAUAUUAAAUCAGCAAAUUCUGUAAGAAAAGAAUAAAAAUUUGACGUUAUGGACGAGAAAACAGCGAUGAAUGUGGAGUUUCUGCGAGCAAGGUUACUUUCUGAAAGAAUUGUUUCUAAAACUGCAAGACAGAGAGCAGAAAUGCUGUCUCAAAGGGUUAUUGAGUUAGAAGAACAGCUCAGGAUGGUGAAUAUCCAGAGGAAGAAAGCCGAGAAGGCGGCUGAAGAAGUUCUCUCCAUACUUGAAACUCAAGGAAUCACAUGUGUCUCAGGGUUAACUGAUUCGAGUGCCGACGAAAAAAACAAUCUGUUUACUGACCAAGAGAGUAGUCAGUGUAUAAUUAGCGAGGAUGUUAAAGAUGAUAAAUCUCUUACUUCUUCGAGAAUGGAUCGAAGUGAGGUUGUCGAUGGCUUGUCGUGUUCAGAUAUCGAUGGUUCUCCCUCUGUUUACCGUCGCUUAUCCUGGAAAAGCCAUGCGAGUUCCUUAGAUUCACAGGAGAAGGUGAAAACGAAGCAGAAUAGGUGUAGACAGAGGAGCAGCUUCGCCGGUGCUCCAAAAUCCUCCCCGAGACGCCCGGGAAAGUCAUGUCGUAAGAUUAAGAAGUCGGAUGUAGGAUCAGCUUCAGAGAAUGAAUUACAGAAACCCAGCCUUCCUCAUGCUCAUGGAGAUGGAGUUACAGCACAUUCUGAUGAUUUUGAUGAGAAACAUGAAUACCCUUUAGAAGUUUCUGAAACCAAAAUGAACAAAUCUUCUCUCGAUUCCUCAUUACCAUUUCGUCCUGACGGACGAAAUAGAGAAAGUGAAAAUGGAGGAAACGACGAAAUGGAAAGAGCUUUGGAGCAGCAGGCUCAGCUUAUCACUCAGUUCCAAGCCAUGGAGAAUGCUCAGAAGGAAUGGGAGGAGAAGUUUAAUGGGACAGAGAUGUCAAUGCUGGACAAUCAUGAACCUGUUAACCAGAUUAAUAUGGUCCAAAACAGCAACUGCUCUGUCGACUCGAAAGUUCCUCGACACGAAGACGAAAAAAUAAGUGUUAAAGGCACUUCUUUCACCGAGGAUAAAAAUGUCGCAAGAUGCAAAAACUGUGAAAUGACCAACAAAAAAGUAAAUGGUGAUAAUUUCUCGGAAGGUGCAUCACCGACUUCGGCAUCAAGUCCCGGCAGAACCGGUCCAAAUGGCCACGACAACAGCUUGUCAAACCCAAUGUAUGGAUCUUCUUCCCUUAAUGCGAUUGAAGCUACUUCUAAAGCAUCGAAAGUGCCGCCGCUACAUGGCUCUAAUUUGACAAACAAAGCACGUCUCGAGCCAAGCUUUACGAAAUCUAAAGAGCUCUAUGCUCCAGAUAAUCGAAAAAACCUUCGUGGAUUUGAAAAACCGGUAAUCCGGCAUGAACAAGCUCAUACUUUAUCAAUCAAGAAACUCACCCCUAUUACCGACGAAAUGAUAUCUCGACCGAUUGGCACGAACUUGGGAUGUGUGCUGCAGUCGCUUCAGCAAGCUCAGAUAUCUAUAAAUCAUGAACUUGUUAGAAGGCCUAAUUCUCCAAUGAAGCCUAAUGUUCCAAUUGAUUCUUCAGCGUUGUUCAGGUUACCAUCAGAUUCUUAUCCCCAAGCUCUCUCUGGAAUGAACCUCUAUGGUUCUGGAUUAAGAUUAGCUGCUACCCGUCUCGAUCUCGGGAUGGGUAACGAAUAUCCAAAUCAAUUCUCCUCUCCUUAUGCUGGAGCUGGAUCGAAACUUUCUUCUACGAAGGAUUACGAUGUUCAAUACCCCUCGAGUCCGUAUACUCAUGCUCACAAGGUGCAUACAAACCGCAACCCGGCUGGGUUUGUUGAAUCCGCAUCUCCAGUUUCGUCCGCCGAGCAGCAUUUUGAUCGACGCUCGAGCUCGAGUUUCUCAGUCUCUUCUCCCGGCAGAUAUCCUCUUUAUCUCCCUGAUUUGUCGUCAGAUAGACCGACUUUCCAGCAUGUACCCUUGAAGUCUUCUUCAGAUUUGAGAAUUAGAAAGCCUUACAAUGAUGGAUACAAUUAUGGCAGAACAACACCUUCUCCAAUCUGAGAAGCAAACUUAUGAAGGUGGCAGAAGGUUAUAUACAUUAAUGGUGAGGUUUUCUUAUGCAACUUAUAGAAGAAGUCUGAAUUCUUUUAUGAAUUUGUCAGUGAAACUAUUGCUUUUGUUGCCUCUUCUGUGAUUAUUUUAAAACUAUGAUGUUUUUUUUACCUGCA